GUGAUCUUGAAGGUCGUUGCGAGGUUCAUUCUUCCAUCCUCCAUCUACGCAGCAUGAGCGACGACCAAGCGACGAGCUGCACGUACAAGCACCAGGCCUUGACCAUCUUUGUCAUUGGCGCGUCCGGCGACCUCGCCAAGAAGAAGACAUACCCGUCGCUCUUUGAUCUCUUUGAGCACGGCUUCUUGCCGCCGCAUACGAUCAUUGUCGGGUACGCGCGGUCCAAGAAGUCGGACGCAGAGUUCCGCGAGUUCAUCGGUGGCUACCUCAAGACGAAAGACGAGGCGAAGAAGGCUGCGUUCUUGGACAUGUGCAUCUACCGCGCGGGCGCGUACGACUCGGCCUCGGACGUGGGCGCCGUCAGCAAGGAGAUGAGCCUCCUCGAGAACGCGACGGGCUUUGCGAUCAAGAACCGCCUCUUCUACUUUGCGAUUCCACCCAACGUGUUUGUGCCCAUUGGUACGUCCAUCAAGGCGUCGGCGCUCUCGAGCGCGGGCUGGAACCGCCUCAUCGUCGAGAAGCCGUUUGGGCACGACCUCGCGUCCUUCAGCGAGCUCUCGCGGGACAUGAGCGCGCUCUUCACCGAAGACGAGAUUUACCGCAUCGACCACUACCUCGGGAAGGAAAUGGUGCAGAACCUCAUGCUGCUCCGGUUCGCCAACAACACGUUCGAGCCGCUAUGGAACCGCAACUACAUCUCGAGCGUCAUGAUUACGUUCAAGGAAGACAUUGGCACGCAGGGCCGCGGCGGGUACUUUGACUCGUAUGGCAUCAUCCGCGACGUGAUGCAGAACCACCUCCUCCAAGUGCUCUCGCUCGUCGCGAUGGAGCCGCCGGUCCGUGCGUCCGGCGCCGACUACUCGAACUUUGUACGCGAUGAGAAGGUCAAGGUGCUCGAGUGCAUUGACCCGCUCACGCUUGAGAACACCGUGAUGGGCCAGUACACGGGCAACGACAAGGAGGUCGGGUACCUCGACGACCCGACCGUGCCCCAGGGCUCGGUCACGCCGACGUUUGCGACCGUCGUUAUGAACAUUAAGAACGCGCGCUGGGACGGCGUGCCGUUUAUCAUGAAGGCCGGGAAGGCGCUCAACGAGCGCAAGGUCGAGGUGCGCAUCCAAUUCAAGCCCGCGCCGGGCGCGUCGCACAUGUUUCUGGGCGCGGAGAUUCCGCGGAACGAGCUCGUGCUGCGUCUCCAGCCCAACGAGGCCGUCUACAUGAAGACCAAUGUCAAGUCGCCAGGCCUCUCGACCAAGGCGGUCGCGAGUGAGCUUGAUUUGACGUAUCACGAGCGCUACGCCGACACGUACCUGCCGGACGCCUACACGCGCCUCGUGCUCGACGUGCUCCGCGGGAAGCAGGCCACGUUUGUCCGCGACGACGAGCUCAAGGCGGCGUGGAAGAUCUUUACACCUCUCCUCAACGAGAUCGAGUCGAACCGCAUUCAGCCCACCCCGUACGCGUUUGGCUCGCGCGGCCCCAAAGAGUCGGACGAGCUCGUCAAGAAGUUCGGCUUUGAGUACCACAGCGGCACGUACACGUACGCGCGCAAGGGCUCGCUGCUAUAAGCACAUGAAUAAGACUCUGUAUCAAGUAUGCACAUAGCAGCAAACUGCA